AUGGCUGCGCAGGAGCAAAAUGGCAAGUCCUGGACCAUGCUGGAGAACAACCCGGAGGUCAUGAACAAGCUGGCAUCUGAGCUUGGACUGUCACCCGAACUAGCAUUCCAUGAUGUCUGGUCCCUAGACGACCCACAUCUGCUCUCCAUGGUGCCCCGCCCGGCGCUGGCGCUGCUCGUCAUCAUGCCAUGCACUCCUGCUUGGGCAGAGGAUCGUAAGGCAGAAGCAGACGCUCGGUCAGAGUACGAUGGCUCUGGCCCGAGCGAGCCUGUCAUCUGGUUCAAGCAGACUAUAGGCAACGCUUGUGGCUCCAUUGGCCUCCUUCACUGCGCCAUCAACGGCCCGGCUGCCGAAUUCAUCUUGCCAGGUUCGCCUUUGGAAAAGAUCCGCAAUGCCGCGAUUCCUCUGAAACGCGAAGAGCGGGCUGCAAUGCUGUAUGAAAGUGCCGAUUUCGAGAAAGCCCACCAGGCUUGCGCGUCCGUCGGAGACACACAGCCAGUCAAUGCUGAACACCUGGGUCAGCACUUUGUCGCCUUCGUCGUUGCCCAUGGACGUUUGUGGGAGCUCGAAGGAGACACAAAGGGCCCGGCAGACCGUGGACCUGUCACAGAAGAUGAAGAUGUGUUGAGCCCCCGUGUGCUCAAACUUGGUUUCCAGCGCGUGAUUGAUCUUGAAAACGGCUCUGGGAACGACUUGAGGUUCAGCUGCCUCGCAUUGUCUCGAAAGGAAUGA